AGAAUGAAAGGCUAAUCUAAGGUGGUUUGGGAUUGGUUUAAGUUCAGUAUGAAUCCUUGAGAGAUAUUGCUUUGGCAAAGAUGUGAAUUUACAAAACCUUUUGGUUUAGAGCUCCUGAAUCCGUGCAGGGAACUUGGUCUCUUUAAAGUAUACACGGAACAAGAUUACAAAAUUUUUGAGUUCUGAGAUUCUCAUUCAUUCCAAAGGAAUCCAGCCCUUGAGGAUUUAGAAUAGAAGCUGUAUUAAGUUGGUAUGUUAUUUGCUAGUGUAGCUCUAUGUCCAGCCCUGGAAGAAGUUGUCAACUUUCCAGGUUUUGUCGGACGGUUUGGUUUGAACUUAGACGACCCAAUCCUGAUAUUCCUGAACAUCGCCGAGUCUCUGAACCCGAUGCGGGUCAUGGAGUCGGAUUCGUUAGCGUCCGUGAAGCUAAGGUUUCAGAGUAUCAAGGGAUUUUUUGUGAAGAAGCAGAAGGUGCUCUAUGAUGGUCGAGAGCUAGCUCGAGAUUACGUUCACCAUGAACUCACAUUAGAUGGUGAAAACGGAGAGAAUGUGAUUCACUUGCUUAUUAAAAAAUCAUCUAAAGUCAUCGCAAAGCCUAAAGAUUUCUCCGUGGAGCAUGUUGUUGUUAACCAUGAGAUUGAACUGCCUUCACUGCUCAAGGAGCUUAUCAGCUCCACUAUAGAGGGCUUGGAGAAGGGAAACGCCCCCAUCAAAUCAUCUGAUGGAUCAGGGGGAGCUUACUUCAUGCAAGAUCAAUCCGGUCACAAAUACGUAUCCGUCUUCAAACCGAUAGACGAGGAGCCAAUGGCUGUGAACAAUCCCCACGGACUACCUCUCUCACUCGACGGGGAAGGUUUAAAGAAAGGAACACAAGUUGGUGAAGGAGCUUUCAGAGAAGUAGCAGCCUACUUAUUAGACUAUCCCAUGACCGGACCAAGAACUUUUCCUCAUGACCAACGCGGUUUCGCUGGUGUUCCACCAACAACAAUGGUCAAAUGCUUGCACAAAGACUUCAACCAUCCCAAUGGUUACAGUUUCUCCCAAGAGAACGCAAAGAUUGGCUCGUUGCAGAUGUUUGUGAGUAACGUCGGAACUUGUGAAGAUAUGGGAUACGGAGUCUUCCCUGUUGAUCAGGUUCACAAGAUCUCGGUUCUAGACAUUAGGCUUGCUAAUGCAGAUCGUCACGGUGGUAACAUUUUGGUUAGCCGAGAUGGAAAUGAUGGUCAGAUCGUGCUUACUCCUAUCGACCACGGCUAUUGCUUUCCAAAUAAGUUUGAAGACUGCACGUUUGAGUGGCUAUACUGGCCUCAAGCAAAAGAGCCAUACUCUUUAGAGACACUUGAAUACAUCAAAGCCUUGGACGCUGAGCAAGACAUUGAACUUCUGAGGUUCCACGGUUGGGAGAUUCCGCCUUCAUGCGCCCGUGUCUUCCGCAUCUCGACCAUGCUUCUCAAGAAAGGUGCUGCGAAGGGUCUCACGCCUUUUGCCAUUGGAAGCAUUCUGUGCAGAGAAACACUCGAGAAAGAAUCUGUGAUCGAACAAAUCAUCUAUGAGGCUGAAGCAAUAUGGUCCCCAGAGACAACAGAAGAGGAGUUUAUCAGCACAGUCUGUGAUAUUAUGGAUCGCUACCUCGACCAGUAUUCUCUGAACUGAAAAUAUCUUUUUUCAUCCUCAGGAUUUCGCCAUGACUCUUACGCAGAUGUAUAUCCCUGUCCAUAACAAGUAAUAAGUGUAUCAAUGUCUUUGAACUCAACCUUGGCUUUUGGGAACAGUCGUUGGGUUUAUAGAUUGGUCAUGCUUCUGUGUUUUGGGUUCAAUAAGGUUCCUGUGAUAUUCAUUUCAGCUAUGGAUGAUGAACAAGCUCAUUUACAUAUAUGGAUGAUGAACUUAUAUGUUAUAUUUAUUUUGACUCGA